CUCUUCCCCUGCGAAACCUGACCCCUCUCUGAACGCCUCCAGCCGCGCGCCGCCAGUUCUCACACACCCCGCCUUUUGUCCUUCUCCCCUGACCGCCCAUCUCGUCUCCCCAAGACUCGCAUUGCAUCGCCCAAUCUUUGGGAAAGACAUCGUUUGCCUUCCGUGGGCUUCUCGAAACUCUCCUGCAUCGCUUCAGACUGGCUUAGUAUUGUUUUUGUUUUGAAAGCUCCUUGAUCAUCUACCGAGAUAGCAUCUUUUAGUGGACAAAAUCUGCCCCCUUACGAAGGCGAGCAUUCGAGAUUUAGACGCCCGUUCAUCUUGACCGAUUGUCUCCUUCUCGACGCCCUUUCGACGAAAUCCUCUUCGACCCGAACCGACAUACCGACACAUAUCCUCCAAUCUUUUAUUUAGUCGCAGGUGCCUAGUGCCCAUCUCUGCUUCUUCAAGAUGGACGCCAACAACAACCCCGGCCGGUUGCACCUCAACUUUGCCAACGAAAGAUUGCAGCUUCCCAACGAUAGGGCAUAUCCCACAACGCCCUCUACAUUCCCCCAACCGGUAUUCCCUCCGCCUGGCUCCUCAGCACAACCGCCCGCCGGUGGUGCGCCUCAGCAAGCGGCGUAUGGUGCCGCUGGUGGCUACGCUCAGGCACCUCAGGGAUACUUUGCGCAGCCAGGCUACUCUGCCCAGCAGCAACAGCAACCGCAGCAGUAUGCUGGCCAGGUUUCUGGUUACGACUACAACAAUGCCGGUGGUGCUGCUUACCAAGGCGCCAGACCCAAUGGACCUGGAACCGCGGACCCUAACACAGGCCUUGCGCAUCAGUUCUCCCACCAGAACCUAGGAGGUGCUGCUCGAGCUGCCCAAUAUGGCGCCCGUGGCCCUGCUCCCCCACGCCCACGAACUGCUGGUAACUCUGGACAGCCUAGCCCGUACGGUGGUUAUAACAAUGUGCCGUUGCCUACCCAAACACCCCAGUCAGAAUUCCAGGCAAUCCCAGAGCGAAACCCCGAUAAGUAUGGUUCCAACGCCAAUAGCAACCAGAAGAAGUGCUCGCAGCUUGCUGCUGAUUUCUUCAAGGACAGCGUCAAGAGAGCUCGUGAGCGUAAUCAAAGACAAAGUGAGCUUGAGCAAAAGCUCUCUGAUCCGGGCCAAAAUGCUACUCGCAAGGAGCAACUUUGGACCACGGCUGGUCGCAAAGAAGGCCAGUACCUCAGAUUUCUGCGCACUAAGGAUAAGCCUGAAAACUACAACACCGUCAAGAUUAUCGGCAAGGGUGCUUUCGGUGAGGUCAAGCUUGUGCAAAAGAAGGGCGAUGGUAAGGUCUACGCCAUGAAGUCUUUAAUUAAGACGGAAAUGUUCAAGAAGGACCAGCUUGCCCACGUCAGAUCAGAACGUGAUAUCCUGGCAGAAUCUGACAGCCCGUGGGUUGUUAAGCUGUACACAACCUUCCAGGAUGCAUACUUCCUCUACAUGCUCAUGGAGUUCUUGCCUGGUGGCGACUUGAUGACUAUGCUUAUCAAGUACGAAAUCUUUACCGAAGACAUUACGAGAUUUUACAUUGCGGAGAUUGUGCUCGCUAUUGAGGCCGUUCAUAAGCUGGGCUUUAUUCAUCGCGAUAUCAAGCCCGACAACAUUCUCCUCGACCGUGGUGGUCACGUCAAGUUGACCGAUUUUGGUCUCUCAACUGGUUUCCACCGUCUUCACGACAACAACUACUAUCAGCAGCUUCUGCAAGGGCGCUCAAACAAGCCUAGAGAUCGCAACUCUGUCGCUAUUGACCAGAUUAAUCUGACAGUCAGCAACCGUUCGCAGAUCAACGACUGGCGCCGAUCAAGAAGACUGAUGGCCUACUCCACUGUCGGUACUCCCGACUACAUUGCCCCCGAGAUCUUUACUGGCCACGGCUACUCAUUUGACUGUGAUUGGUGGUCCUUGGGCACGAUUAUGUUCGAGUGCUUGGUUGGCUGGCCUCCCUUUUGUGCUGAAGACAGCCACGACACUUAUCGCAAGAUUGUCAACUGGCGUCAGACUCUGUACUUCCCCGAUGAUAUCACCCUCGGAGUUGAAGCUGAGAACCUGAUCCGCAGCAUGGUAUGCAACACGGAGAACCGUUUGGGCCGUGGAGGUGCCCAUGAGCUCAAGAGCCACGCCUUCUUCCGAGGCGUCGACUACGACAGCCUGCGCCGUAUCCGUGCUCCCUUUGAACCCCAUCUCACUUCCAACAUUGAUACCACAUACUUCCCUACCGAUGAGAUUGACCAGACUGACAAUGCUACUGUUCUCAAGGCUCAGGCUCUGCAGCAAGGCCGUACUGGCCCAGUUGAAGAGUCUCCGGAGAUGAGCUUGCCUUUCAUUGGUUACACCUUCAAGCGAUUUGAUAACAACUUCCGCUAAAGAGAUGAGAGUGGUAAUAUUUUGAGCGUGGUGAGGGCUUGUUAUGCGUUGAUUGGCGGGCUUAAAAAAAGUUGAUACAUAUACAAUUGCAUUGGUAGACCUCGCGUGCAUAGAGCAUCUGCUGCUUCGAACGAGGAGUACGGAAGUAAGCAGCUGGAGCGUUGGGCUGAGUUUGGUCAGAGACACAGACAGUUAGUUUAGUCCCCAUAUAGCAUGAACGAAAAUUGGCAUGUCAUUUCGAACUGAGGCAUUCGUAUCAGGUAAAUACAUCUUCUAGAUAUUAUUGGCUAUCUAUAUUUUUUGUCUCUAGACGGCAUGCUACUUUUACAGAACCUUCUUGUACCCAAAUGCAACCGCAACGCCAUGCAAUAAAUACACUAUAUGAUUCAUAAAGGAACGCUCAACAUGAAAACGAUAGCAGCAGCUUCAUUUUCUGCCUGUCAAGCCGGGGGCUGCAUUGAAACGUUCUUCGCGUUCUGUCAUGAACAGAACCUGGAUCCAAUACUCUUUGGCAUCUGGGUCCCAGUAGCAAAACUGUUUAUCCUCGCGCUUGUCGAGCUCGCGGGCCGGGAUCUUGAAGCCGACAGUCUCGUAAGGCUCCGCCGCCACGAGCAGGUACUGGAAGUUCUUGUCGGGCUCUUCGACGUGCUGUGUAAAGGCAUUCAUGACCUGCCAUUUCGGCGCUGUCUCGGGGGUCGCAUCGGGGUAUUGGAGCUGGAACAGCAAGCCCUGCUGGCGGGAAACCGGGUCGCGAAUCUUUGUAAUCUUGUAUCCGGGUCGGCCAAUCUUUACAACGUUCUUGCGCACGCCCAUGGCGGCUGCUACGCCAGCGGGCAGACCAGUGGCUGGGUCGAUGGCCUGCUUGCCUUCGCGCUCCUCUCGGGCGGCACGGCGAGCGAGGUUGGUCUGAUGCUUCUUGCCCUGUGUGUGGGCAAGAUAGGAGCCGUCAUUUUGGUGGACAGUCAAGCAGAGACGGCAUUCGAAUGUGCCAACGUGGUUCUUGAAAAAGUACGGGUCCUUGUCGAGGUCGAUGGUCUCGAGGGCGAGCUUGCGAAGACGUUCGCGACGGUCAGCGUUGGUGGCUGAGUAGGAUGCGACACCACCGCCGCCAAACUUGGAGCCGGCUCGAUUUUGAUAAUCCAUGAUGCCGAUGGUAUGGAAGGAGUAGGUGAUGAGGAGGUGACAAGUGUAGAUGGCGAGGUUGGACGUGAGCGUUCUAGGAGUCGCGACGAAAAGUUCGGGGAGCGUUGGCGGUCGUCGAUGGAAUAGUGGGGCUAAGGCAGGCGACACUGCGG